CCUAGUCCUGACUGUUUGUUGCUCAAUCCAGGAGCACAGUUCCUGUGGGCUGAGCCUGACUGGCUUGGUCAUCUCUUUUCUGCACUUCAAGGGACAAACAAGAUCUGACACAAGGGACCCCCUGCGUCUGUCCCCUCCGGGUGGCUGAGGAAGGGUGCCAUGGAACCUCUCCACAUGUUUGUCCUGCUGCUGGUCACAGAGCUGUCCCAAGCCCUCAACACCACAGUGCUGCAGGGUGUGGCUGGCCAGUCCCUGAGGGUGUCAUGUACUUAUGACGCCUUGAGGCACUGGGGACGACGAAAGGCCUGGUGUCGCCAGUUGGCUGAGGAGGGGCCAUGCCAGCGCGUGGUGAGCACACACGGUGUGUGGCUGCUGGCCUUCCUGAGGAAGCAGAACGGGAGCACGGUCAUCACAGAUGACACCCUUGCUGGAACUGUCACCAUCACUCUGAGGAACCUCCAAGCUGGUGAUGCAGGCCUCUACCAGUGUCAGAGCCUCCGAGGCCGAGAGGCCGAGGUCCUCCAGAAGGUCGUGGUGGAGGUGCUGGAGGACCCUCUAGAUGACCAAGAUGCUGGAGACCUCUGGGUCCCCGAGGAGUCAGAGAGUUUCGAAGGGGCCCAAGUGGAACACAGCACCUCCAGGAGCCAAUCAGGAAAGACCUUCUUCCCACCCACUUCCAUUCUUCUCCUGCUGGCCUGUGUCCUCCUGAGCAAGCUUCUUACAGCCAGCAUCCUCUGGGCUGUGGCCAGGGGCAGGCAGAAGCUGGAGACACCUGUGGUCAGUGGGCUAGACUGUAGCCAAGAUGCUGGGCACCAACUUCAGAUCCUCACUGGACCCAGAGAGGCCACGUCUGCCUAAAGCCCACCUAUCCCGGGAGCAGGAAUACUGGUGUGCUGCAUCUGCGUUGAGUGGGGAAGACAGCUGGAUGGUUGCUGGUAAACGUCUGUACUUCGAACAUUAAACACUCUCACACACCAA